AUGUAUAUUAAAAGGAAAAAAACCAAAGGUGAUGGUGGUAGAGUUGUAACUGAAAAGAACAAGAAGAAUAGGUCUAUGAAAGUAACCCCUUCUAAUGUUAAAACUACCCAACCUCGAGUAGGCAACAAAAAUUUGGGUGCACAUAAAAGAGGGAAUACAGCUUCCGGUACAGCAUAUGGAGAGACAGAGAUACAACCAGAAGGACAAGUUCAAGAAAGUGAAGCUAACAAUGCAAAUACUACUGCAACCACUGAGAUAGAAAGCGGAGGAGAAGUACAUGGUAAUCUAAAUGGAGACCAAGAUGAAGAAGAUGAGCAGCGACGACGACCACGAAGGCAUGGAAAAGAAGUUUUGUCGUCAGCAACUAAGUUAUUGAAGAAAAUAAAGAAGAAAGUUAGUAGCAAACAGACGACAUCAGUGGCUGAGCAACAAGGUUUUUGCAACGAAUUGGAAAAGGUCAUUUGCAUAUGUAAAUCCGUCAGUGCAAAUAAAAAGGCGAUGAAGAGAACUCGGCAAGAACCUGGAGGCCCAAGUGGAGGUGGUAAUGCAUCUGAUAACAAUGCUGAACUUGAAGGCGGAAGUGGAGGAAAAGAAGAACAUGGAGCAAGAAAAAGAGGUCGUGGAGGUGGUAAAAGAGGUCGUCGAGGUGGUGGUUCAUGA